AACCAAGCGGGAGAGCUGUGGGAAGGAGCCUACCCGGGAGUUUGUCCGCCUCCACCGAAGCAGCCCGAGUUCUAAACUCAGGUUGGACUAGGUCUCGGUCUGUCUGUGCGCGGAGCUCUGUGGCCAGAGAGAGAGAGAGAGAGAGAGAGAGAGAGAGAGAGGGAGAAUGAGGAAGAACUCUCAGUGCACCUUUUUGUCCUCCGAUAUGCAGAUUCUCUGAUAAAGCAUCAGUUAUCUGAUCAUCUCAUACAGGUCGUGGAAAACUGCGAGUGUAUGGGAAUCUUUAACAGUUUCUUCUUCACCCAGGUAUCUCGCCUCCUAUAUAACCCGAGAGGAUUGUGAGCUGUAAUAGGCUAUUUACUACUGACGGCUCUUGCAGCUCUCUAUUGGCAUUUUCACGUCUAGGCUACAACAACUACUAUUGCUGACUUAUUCUGCCUGUGGAUCUUGCCGUUGCGUCUUAGAAAAGGUUUAGGAAGCAGAGGAAGUGAACCACUCCAGAAUCAUGGGACACUUUCAGAUCUCCCCCAUUCUCUCCCUUGGCCUUCGGUUCGUGGUUGUCGUAGCGAUCCUGUUCCUCAAAUUCCAACAUGUGACGACUAUGUCCUCGGAUGUGGACUUGGAUCAGUUCGUGUCUCCUACUGCCAGCAGCAACAUUACUGUGUGCACUACAGCAGGCACAGCAUGUGAAAAAGGGGUGAUUCUGCCUGUCUGGGAACCUCAGAAUCCCUCGUUCGGGGACAAAGUGGCACGGGCUACAGUCUACUUCGUGGCCCUGGUGUACAUGUUCCUCGGAGUGUCCAUCAUCGCUGACCGUUUCAUGGCGUCCAUCGAGGUCAUCACCUCUCAGGAGAAAGAGAUCACCAUCAAGAGACCCAACGGAGAGACCACCACCACCACUGUGCGGAUCUGGAACGAGACAGUGUCCAACCUCACGCUCAUGGCCCUGGGUUCUAGUGCCCCUGAGAUCCUACUGUCCGUCAUUGAGGUUUGUGGACACGGUUUUGAUGCGGGAGCCUUGGGCCCCAGCACUAUCGUGGGCAGCGCCGCCUUCAACAUGUUUGUCAUCAUCGGCAUCUGUGUGUGGGUGGUGCCCGACGGGGAGGUCCGUAAGGUCAAGCACCUGCGCGUCUUCUUCGUCACAGCCACCUGGAGCAUCUUCGCCUACAUAUGGCUCUACCUGAUCCUGGCUGUCAUCUCCCCUGGCAUAGUGCAGGUAUGGGAGGGCCUGCUCACCCUCUUCUUCUUCCCCAUCUGCGUGUUGUUCGCCUGGGUCGCUGACCGACGCCUGCUCUUCUACAAGUACGUCUACAAGCGCUACCGUACCGGCAAGCAGCGGGGCAUGAUCAUUGAGACCGAGGGCGACCGCCCGCUCCCGUCCAAAGUCGACAUCGAGAUGGAUGGGAAGAUGCUCAACUCUCACGCGGCGGACUUCCUGGACGGGCCUCUGGGGCUGGACCUGAAUGUGAAGGACCUGGAUGAGGAGGAGACCCGGCGCGACAUGGCCAAGAUCCUCAAGGAGCUGAAGCAGAAGCACCCAGAUAAGGAGGUGGAGCAGCUGAUUGAACUGGCCAACUACCAGGUAUUGAGUUCACAGCAGAAGAGCAGGGCCUUCUACCGCUGCCAGGCCACCAGGCUCAUGACUGGCGCUGGGAACAUCCUGAAGAAGCAUGCAGCCGACCAGGCCCGCAAGGCCAUCAGCCUGCACGAGGUCCGCUCUGAUGUGGCUGAUAACGACCCCGUCUCCAAGAUCUAUUUUGACCCCGGCUCCUACCAGUGCCUGGAGAACUGUGGCACAGUGGCAGUGAACGUGCUACGCCGAGGUGGCGACCUGACCAAGACUGUGUCGGUGGAAUUCCGUACGGAGGAUGGAUCAGCCAACGCGGGCUCGGACUACGAAUUUACCGAAGGGGUGGUGGUGUUCAAGCCCGGAGAGACCCAGAAAGAGAUCCGCGUGGGUAUUAUCGAUGAUGACAUCUUUGAGGAGGACGAGAACUUCCUGAUCCAUCUGAGCAACGUCAAAGUGCUGCUGGCAGAGGGGGAGGAGGUAGAGAACCCAGAGACCAAUCACGUGGAGGCGGUGGCCUGUCUCGGUCUGCCCGCCACGGCAACCGUGACCAUCUUUGAUGACGACCACGCCGGCAUCUUCACGUUUGAGGAGCCGGUGGCGCACGUGAGUGAGAGCGUGGGCACCAUGGAGGUGAAGGUGCUGCGUACAUCGGGGGCACGUGGGGUCGUCAUGGUGCCCUACAAGACUGUGGAGGGCACAGCACGCGGAGGUGGAGAGGACUUUGAAGAUACUCACGGGGUCUUGGAGUUCCAGAACGAUGAAAUCUUCAAAUGUAUAAAGGUCAGAAUCAUUGACGACGAGGAGUACGAGAAAAACAAGACCUUCUACGUGGAGAUGGGAGAACCUCGCCUGAUGGAGACCAAUGACAGUAAAGCUACAGAGGUGGCUGAGAAGGAGGUGGAAGAGGUGGUGCCGCUAACAGGAGUGGAUGAUGAGGAGCAACGCAUCGCUGAUAUGGGUCGACCCACGCUUGGGGAUCACGUCAAACUUGAAAUCAUCAUCGAGGAAUCCUAUGAGUUUAAGAACACUGUGGACAAGCUGAUUAAGAAGACUAAUCUGGCCCUGCUGGUGGGGACUAACAGCUGGAGAGACCAGUUCAUCGAGGCCAUCACUGUCAGCGCCGGUGAGGAUGACGAGGAUGAAGAGUGCGGCGAGGAGAAGCUGCCGUCCUGUUUCGACUACGUCAUGCACUUCCUCACCGUCUUCUGGAAGGUUCUGUUUGCGUUCGUGCCCCCGACAGACUACUGGAACGGCUGGGCCUGCUUCGUGGUGUCCAUCUGUAUGAUCGGCCUGCUUACAGCCUUCAUCGGGGACCUGGCCUCCCACUUCGGCUGCACCGUGGGCCUCAAGGACUCUGUCACCGCCGUGGUGUUCGUGGCCCUGGGGACCUCCGUGCCAGACACCUUUGCCAGUAAGGUGGCAGCCAUCCAGGACCAGUAUGCUGACGCAUCCAUCGGCAACGUGACGGGCAGCAACGCGGUCAACGUGUUCCUGGGCAUCGGCGUGGCCUGGUCCAUCGCCGCCAUCUACCACAACUCCAAGGGCAACGACUUCAAGGUAGACCCGGGGAGCCUGGCCUUCUCCGUCACCCUCUUCACCAUCUUUGCGUUCAUCUGCGUGGGAGUGCUGAUGUACCGGCGGCGACCUUCGAUCGGCGGCGAGCUGGGGGGUCCGCGGACUCCCAAGAUACUGACCACCAUGCUGUUUGUCAGCCUGUGGCUGCUUUACAUUCUGUUCUCCUCACUGGAGGCCUACUGCCACUUCAGGGCCUUCUAAACAGCUACAAACUUAAGAAGGCCCUAGAAGAGCUAACCGGAGACAAGAAGGAGGAAACAGCAGCAGUGAAAAACGUUUUUCUCUUGUCGUUAAUAACCCCGACCCAACUCACCCAACCCCGACCCUCCCCACCCUUUCCCCCUUUUAAGAAGUGAAAGAUCCCUCCCCUAGUGCUUAAUAAGGGAUGAGACUGGUUGUUCAGGCGAGGAGAGGCCUGUCAGCGCUGGGACAGAAGUCUGUAGAAUGACAGUUGUGACAGUUGUGUGUGUGGGCGUGUGUGUGCGUGUGCGCAUGUGUGUGUGUGUGUGUGUGUGUAGCUGUUUGUUAUGUCUCUCACUACCCAGCAACCCUAUAGAAACAGCAUCGUCGACGCCUGGCGCUCAUUUCAAACUAAACACUAGACAUUUUUUGUGAAAUCCUUUAAUAAUUCCCAUACCACCAUUAUUGAUAUGUAUAUGCAUGAACAUCAAAAGAAACAAAGAUACGGCUGUUCGCAAGCAUAGUGGGUGGGGAGUAACAGGUACUUCAGUCUCUUGUCUGUGUGUUAGUCUUAAUAAAUCUCAGUUAGGGCCUGGCUGCAAGAGCUGCUCACCACCUUCUGACCCUCGGUUUGAUCCCCAGUAGAACAUCUGAUUAGGUGUCCUCUGUUCUUUUAUCUUGCUGUAGAUGUAGUUGUGUUAAAGGAGUUUAGCAUACUUUUACCUUUAAGGCCGUAUCGUGAUUGAAUGGCCAGCGUUACCAUUUUAACUAUCAGAUAACUCGUUGUCAACUUACAUUAUCAUUUUCAAAACUAUCCCAAGAUUGCAUUUCCAGUUUAGUCAAUAGGGGUUUCACCACCACCAUGCUUGAUUCAAAUUGCAAUAGAAUACAGAGAGACCGUACUGGAUCGCCCUCUGCAUUAGCUUCAUCCAUUGGCUACACAUCUUUCAGCAGCCUCUCACUAUUGGCUCUUUCUCUCUAUCUUUGUGUCUAAGCUCCUACCAGACUGGUCUUUUUAUCAGUCUCAGUCCUCAAGGGCUCUACAGUCAAUUCUUAACCACUAACCCUAACCAGAAACCCUUUACCCCUCACCCCUAUCAUAAACCCACCCUCAACACCCCUAUCAUAAACCCACCCUCAACACCCCUAUCAUAAACCCACCCUCAACACCCCUAUCAUAAACCCACCCUCAACACCCCUAUCAUAAACCCACCCUCAACACCCCUAUCAUAAACCCACCCUCAACACCCCUAUCAUAAACCCACCCUCAACACCCCUAUCAUAAACCCACCCUCAACACUCCUAUCAUAAACCCACCCUCAACACUCCUAUCAUAAACCCACCCUCAACACCUCUAUCAUAAACCCACCCUCAACACCCCUAUCAUAAACCCACCCUCAACACUCCUAUCAGAAACCCACCCUCAACACCCCUAUCAUAAACCCACCCUCAACACUCCUAUCAUAAACCCACCCUCAACACCCCUAUCAUAAACCCA